AUGCCCGGAGCCGCCGCCGCCGCUGCCGCCGCCGCUGCCGCGAUGCUCCCGGCUCAGGAGGCUGCCAAGCUGUACCACACUAACUAUGUGCGGAACUCGCGGGCCAUCGGCGUGCUGUGGGCCAUCUUCACCAUCUGCUUUGCCAUCGUCAAUGUGGUGUGCUUUAUCCAGCCUUACUGGAUCGGCGACGGCGUGGACACCCCGCAAGCUGGCUAUUUUGGGCUGUUCCACUACUGCAUCGGCAACGGCUUCUCCCGGGAGCUGACCUGCAGGGGCAGCUUCACGGACUUUUCCACGCUGCCCUCCGGCGCCUUCAAAGCCGCCUCCUUCUUCAUCGGCCUCUCCAUGAUGCUCAUCAUCGCCUGCAUCGUCUGCUUUACCCUCUUUUUCUUCUGCAACACGGCCACCGUGUACAAGAUCUGUGCCUGGAUGCAGCUCACCUCCGCUGCCUGCCUGGUGCUUGGCUGUAUGAUUUUCCCUGAUGGCUGGGAUUCAGAUGAAGUCAAACGCAUGUGUGGAGAAAAGACGGACAAGUACACUCUUGGGGCGUGUUCAGUCCGCUGGGCGUACAUCCUGGCUAUUAUUGGAAUCUUGGAUGCCCUCAUCCUCUCGUUCCUAGCAUUUGUGCUUGGUAACCGACAAGACAGCUUGAUGGCGGAGGAACUGAAGGCAGAAAACAAAGACGAUGGAAAUGCUUAAAGCAAACUAAGGUAGCGUGAGACCAAACCAUUUCUGCUAAGCCAAUAUUCUCUAGAAUGAGCACAAAACAAAUCGAACAGCUAAACAAAUCGAAUAACAGCUUUUGUACAUCAACAUCAAGAAGGAAGACGCUUAAGAGAGAUUGGAGUAGAGAGAUGAAUACAGAUGAGAGCAAAAGAUCCACUUAUCACAGCACCUUCUAAACGUAGAUGGCAGAGAUGGGAGUGAUUUUCUGGAAACAGAUGUGAUCACAGAUUAAACACCAGCUCACUGGAAACUGUUAUUGAGUAAGAUCAGAUAACAUUCAUGAGAAAUCACAUUCAGGAAAUAUUUUAAGGAAGGGGAACAUAAAUGUGCUAGAAUUAGCAUGUAAAAUCUAUGUACUGAGAUUUGUAAACUGUCUUUUUUUAAUUAAACUGAAAACAAAAAGCUUUAAUCUUUCAACAUCAUAAAAAAGGCAGUCAGUUCUAAAUAAUUCCUAUCUCAAUAGCCAAGAGGCUGAUCAAGCAUCACUUAUGGAGGAAGCAUCUUAGAAAAUGCCUCUGAAUGUUUUCAUAGAGACAUGACCUUCGAUUCCCCAUCUCUGCCACUCAUUUAUUUCACUGUGUAAUUAGUUAUAACCACUCAGUUAUUAUGAGAUGUAAAGCUUCAAACUUUUUACUGAGUCUGUGUUUUAAUCUAUCCGUACAAGUUAUUACUGAGAAAGUGUUUGACAUACUAUUACUCCAUCAAGCUGUAUAUUAUAGGAAGUACAUCUUUACAUCAUAGAUUUCCCAAGCAACAUAGAUUUGCCUAUCUUUCAGGAAACCGUAUCAAGGAACUCUGAAAAAUAUAGAAAGCUCAUUGUCAACUUUGACGCUCACAUGUACUAUAUAGGCUGCUAUCAAAUAAUCACUUUUUUCUAAUUCUCCUUAGUAUAUGCAUAGAAAUUUAAUGUACUUUAUAAAUAGGUAUCUAAAAUAGCUCUGAUUUUUUUUCCAUUCUUUUACCAUACAUGUGAUUAGAAAUCCAUAUCCCUUAUUUCCCUUACUGUCAGGCACUCAUUUUUGUUUAAAAAAAAUUCAUCCCAUCAAACCUAUUUCUAAAUGAUAGUAAGUGGUACUAACAAAAUAAAUAAUUUAAUAGCCUUAGAAAUAAAUGAAUAUAUACUUACACAAGUCAGAGAAACUUAGUAGGAAUGAGUUGCCUUUUUGUUUACUAAUGUUGACUUCAACAGCACUCAAAUGUUUUGUGUUUUUUGGGUUGGUUGGCAUUUGGAAGCAGUUACAACUAACCAGUUGUCUUCAACAAUCUUUUGCUCCCAGGCUUACCCCGCCAUCGCCCUUAGCCCAUUUCUGGCCAUGAUCCAACAACAGAAACAUACUUAACAUUGAAAUAGCUGAUUGCCUGAGAAUGAGCACAAGCUACAAUGUACAUGCAGAGAUGAUCAGUGUAAGCAAAGCCAUGUUCUAUACUGAGCAGAAAAUACGGACAUAUAGAAUGCCUUGAUUCAUAGACUGAUAAUUAAGAUAAAAUUAUCAGAUAUCACUGAAACACAGAACAAAUUGGAUAACACCAGAAGUGAUACAGAUAAUAGUUGAGUUCUCUUACCCUCUAUUAGAACCCUGCUCCAAGAGCCAAAUGUUUUUGGUACCAGCCACCUUUUCACCAUAAACUGGAUUAUGUUUCAAAUGCUAAAAGUAUAUUACAGGUGUGCCUCAAAUGAGUAAAACCCAAUUCACAAAAAUGUACAUUUUCUAAAGAAAUAAAUUAAGGGAAUACUUAUUAUCCGUAACUAAAGUAUUAGCCAUUCAGGGGUUAUUUGUUGCUGUAAGUAUUAACUCUCCUACUACAUUCAAAACACUGUACUACCACAUUUAAUUACACACAAACUUUUCAAUAAUUCAUCUUUUAUUUAAAGGGAUGGUACCCUCUCUACUUUAUCUACAAUAAAAACAGAAGGUACUGGCUUUCCCUAAUCCAUGCAAAAUACAGAUUCCAUAGGGAGUCUACGUCACUGAUAAUGAAGUUAAAAAAAUGAAAAAGUACUUCCUAUCCACAUGCAAAUGUUUUUUUUAAAAAAAAAAGUUUUUGCCAUAAAACUUAGUACAAUUUAGCAUACCACAGUGCUCUGAAGAUGGUCAUUGACAUUGUACCAUUUGUACAUAGGUAAUACACAUGUAAAUCACUAAAUGUUAAGUAUUAGAAGUAUGUUUUUAUCUUUUUUAAAAAAAAAAAGUGACUCCCUUUCUCAUUCUGUUCUGUUGUAUUGGGUCCAAAAGUUGUGUGUAAUUUUUUUAAGGUCCAGGAAAUGUAAAGAAAAUUUGUUGGAAUAUUUGAAUUUCUGUAAAAAAAAAUAAUAAUAAAAAUAAGAUUUUGUUACUUAAAAGAAUUCUUGG